AUGACCAACUUCGAGAAAUCGGUCAAGGGGGCCACAAAGCUCAAGCUCGCAGCCCCUAAAUCCAAAUACGUUGAAAACAUCCUGCUAGCGACCCAUACUGGCGAGGCGGGCGUUGCCGAGGUGUUCCGAACAUUACAGCACAGACUUCGCGAUUCAGCAUGGACAAUUGUCUUCAAAGCUCUUAUAAUUGUACAUCUCUUGAUCCGAGAGGGCCAGCAGGAUGCGGCCUUGACUUAUCUCUCCGAAAACCCAAAGCAGAUCGCACCCAGCAACUUCUCCGAAGAUCGUGGGCGCAUUGUGCUUCACAAUGGGAAUUGGCUGAUAGAAAGUCUAGCCCAGUCACAGGGACGCAAUAUUCGCCGAUAUGCUGAGUAUCUCAUCACGCGCGCAAGGGCGUUCGAAGCCACUCAGACAGAUUACGUACGAAACGGACCGGGGCGCCUGAAGCGAUUAAGUGUGGAAAAGGGUCUCUUGAGAGAAACGGAAUAUGUACAGAAGCAGAUCCGUGCGCUGUUGAGAGCUGAUUUAUUGACGGAUGAGCCCGAGAACGAGAUUAGCCUGACUGCGUUUCGCCUCUUAACCCUCGAUCUCAUGACACUAUAUUCGGUCAUGAACGAGGGUACCAUCAACGUCCUAGAUAGCGAACGCGCAUUGGCCAUCUAUAAGACAUUUACUAAACAGACGGAAGAAGUGGUUGAAUUUCUAGGCGUCGCCAGGCAUUUCCAGUCUGCCACCCGUCUAGAGAUUCCGAAUCUCAAGCAUGCCAACACCAACCUGGCGCGCCUUUUGGAAGACGACUUGAAUGACCCAGACUUUGAACUACGCCGCCGAGAAUAUCUUGCCCAAAAAGGAAUCAAGAAAGACCUAGGUGGAAAGUCCUCGGCAGCAACCUCUUCGGCCGCACCUAAGCCAGCUGCCACAUCUGCGUUUGACCCACCCGCGCAAGCCCCGGCCCAGCAACCCCAGCAGCAGAAGCCGCCACCAACGGAUCUCAUUGAUUUCUUCGAUUCAAUUGAAGGGAAUCAACAGCCGAUGGCUCAGCAGAAUCCGGUGCAAUACCAGCAAACGGGCUUUCAACAACAGCCCCAGCAGGCAUUUUACCCCCAACAGACUGGAUUCCCGCAACAGCAGCAGCAACAGCAGCCUCAAAUGACAGGGUACGGCCAGCAACAGCAAAACCCGUAUGGAGGCUUCCCGCAGCAGAACACUGGAAAUCCAUUUGGACAACAGCAAGCACAACCCCUCCAGGCCACACCCACAGGAGCAGGAUUCGGGGGAUACACUCCCCAGCCCCAACAAUAUGGAUAUCAAUCGCAGCUAGCACCUGUUCCUCAGAACGGCAUCUCCUCAUUCCCCCAGCAGCAGCAACAACAACAACAACAACAACAACAAUUGCCUGUAGCAAAUCAGUUGCAGCCGCAGACCACCGGAACGAAUCCCUUCCGGCAGUCCAUGAUGCUCAAUGCACAGGUCACUGGCAAUGGUGCUGCACCCCCCCGCGAGUCCACUACAAAGGCAGAACACGAACCCCUCAAUGCACCCCCGACUGAAGUGGUCCCACCAAUUCCACAUCAACCGCAAGCGCUUCAGCCACAGCGAACAGGAACUAAUCCUUUUGCUCGGAGCUCGUCCGUCCCUCCACAGAACACGGGGCUACAGCCUCUUCAACCCACCCCCACCGGUACCAACCCCUUCCGCCAGAGUCAAUUUAUCAACCAACAAACUGGCCAGGGCUGGCAGAGCAGUGGGCAGGCCGGUACAAUGGGUGGAUUAGAACAGAUGGAGACGGUUCCCGUCUUCCCACGACCGGGGAUGAUCUGA